AUGAUCGCGAAAUUCUUCCACAUGUUCCUCUUCGAGUCGCCUCUGCUCGAGUCAUACGAGGUGGACAACUUCAUCUUGCGAAAUGGUGACAUGCUGCAUACCUGUGCCUGGGAGCUUUACGAGGUGCGGCGAGACGAGAUAUCGAGCAUCAGGACCAGCCUCUUGCUCCGAGUUCUGGUUGUCGACAUGCAGCCACUUAAUGCGAUCAUUGAGACUUGGUUGGCUUCGCCUCAAUGGGAAAGGCGCCUGCAAGCGAUUGUCCGCCUAUCCAGGGUGAUCAUGGACGUGACUAGUCAAUCCUUCCAUGUCGAAGACCGACAAUGGCGCCCCGCGGUCAUCGACGUUUUUGAGCACUUCUUUACGCGAAUGUGGGCGGAUCCUCAGGAAGAAAUUAGGGUAGCUGUCGACGCCUUCUCUUCGACGCUGCUACCGGCCCAUUUCGAGGCUAUCUCUUUGUGCUGGAGCGAGGCCAUUUCGAAGGCCCCGAUUGGCGAGAGGGUCAAGCUGGUUGCCUUCCUGAUCCAACUGCAUCCCCAUUUCCCCCAAUGGAAACUUAUUUCAUGGCAAGCUAUCGUAGAGCGUCUGCUAGAAGAUGAGUACGACCAAAGUCAUAACGAAGAAGGGCCUGCUGCGGCCCAUCUGUCCAUGUAUGGCUUGUCGAGAGAAUUCUCUGAGAACAGCAUCACGGCUGAGGAUCCUGAGAUCAUCCAGCUUCGUCUGUCCAUCCUUGUCCUCAGCAUUCAGAUGCUGGCAUCCGGGAUCUCCAUCGACAGCAAGAGUUUGCUGCGCAUCAAGUAUUACCUCGCCCAAGUCAUCGGCUUCCCCAACGUCACCUUCAGCUUCGUCGAGAACAGCCUUACCUCUUCUUUUGUCCGAUACGGCGAGCACAAGUCUCUUCCGGACAAUAGUCAUCCUUGCGUCACUGCGCUUCCCUCCUUGCUCGACGCCGCGCACUACGUCGACCUCCCCGCGUCCGCUAUGACCGGGCGGGCAGGCGACGACGUAAAUUGUAGUAUUCUUGUUGGCAGUGCUUUCGUCGACCUCGCGCUCGCGGUCUUCGACAGUGCGGCAGAUCUCGGGAAGGUGCCCGUACUUGCGCUCAAAGCACUCCUGGAGAACGUAGUGAUCGUCUUCUACAAGCACGACCUAGAGAGCCGAGCGCUGCGACACUUGCAACACGCCGCGCGGCGGGCGGUGCUUCGUGUGCUGGACUUGCUGCUUGAGGACAUCAGCUAUGAGCUGCGGCAACUGUGCUUGUCGGUGGUACAGGCAUUCAUCUCCAGGUGCUACGAGUUUAUGGGCUCUGUCGUCUAG